CCGGCAGUUCUACCGAGACGUGCAAAGUUUCAGCAGCAAAAUGAAGAUUGUGUUGUUCCUUGUUGUCGCUGCGAAGCUGCUUUGCAGCAGCGAAGGAUUCAGCGUGGAUGCAGACAUGGAUCUAGCAAGAGUAUCGGACUACAUUGUUAACAGCGGAGAAAAAAAAUUUAUUAUCGUCCAUGGCAACAAGAAUUGGUUCUAUGCAAAAUCAUUUUGUGAGAACGUAGUUGGAGGCAAAUUGGCAGCAAUUGAGAAUGUACAGCAGUACCAUGAUUUAAGGGAAUUUGCUCGUGAGACCUACUCGAAGCAAGCUCAAUUUUGGAUAGCUGGUAACAAUAUAUUAAAUAUUUCCACGUUUCAAUGGCAUCUUUGCGACGCUAAGGAAAUGAGUUUUCAAAAGUGGGCUCCUGGUCAACCAGAUAAUUAUAAUGAAGAAGAAAAUUGUGUCGAAGCACUAUUCAAUUCAAAAAUCGAGGGAUGGAAUGAUGUGUCCUGCUUAAAGGGAAGACACUUUAUUUGCGAGAAACCUAAUUGAAAAGAUUAUUUCGCCUACUUAUCAUAAAAUUAUUUUCAAAAUAUAUUUAGUAUAAAAAUAUAUGAUGCAUCUAUUAAGCUUA